CGCCCGUCGGACGCGACGCCACGCAGCGCGGUGCGGCAGCACCGCAGCAGCCAUGGAGCCCGCGGCGAUGGACCGCAUCGCCACCCGCCUCUCCGCCGUCGAGGACCUCUACUUCCCGUCGUCCUUCCUCGGCCCGUCCCCCGCCGGCACCGGGGCUGCGCCCCCUCCCUCGCCGCCGCGGCGCAGGGCGGAGCUCCGCUCCCUCCUCGCCCGCGACGCGCCGCUCUUCCUGGAGCGGUACGGCGCGGCGCUGUCCGCCGACGAGCUCGCCGCCUUCGACGCGCUCAGCCCCGACUACGAGGUCGACUGGCACCUCCGCCGCCUGCGCGCCGCCGCCGCGGGGGCUCCCCCGCCCGCGUCGCGAGUGCGGAACCGGCGCCGCGCGUUCCUCGACCGCCUCGUCCGCGAGGGGGAGUACUUCUCGGAGGACGCCAUGCGAGAGCGGGAGCCCUACCUGCACCACGAGUACCUCGGGAGGUUCCAGGACCCGCUCGGGAGGGCCAUGGCGCGGCCCGGGGAGAGGUGGUCCGAGACGCUCAUGCGCCGCGCGGAGGAGGCGGUCAUCGUGGAGAAGAUCCGCGGGGAGCAGAUUAGGAGAGGGGUUGAUCCAAGCGAGUGGGUGGGUGGUGGCACUGACGAGACCAUGGAGGAGCAGGAAGAGGAGGAGGAGGAAGAAGAGGAGGAGGAGGACGGGGAAGAAGGGAUGAAGGAAAAUGGGACAGAGGUCGAGAAGCAGAUUGCGACUGAGGUGGUCGAAAAUGAUGCAUCUGCACAAGUGGAGCCCGGUAAUGGGGGAGGCUCUGCUGCAAGGGCUUUGAACCAAACGUUGUCUUCUGAAGAGAUGCAGGACCAGCUGGAGCAGUUCACGUAUGUGAUGCAACAGAAGUUCCUGUCCGGUGAAGACACCGAACAUAUGGACUACUCACGGAUCGAUAACGAUGAGAUGCUGGAUGACCACUGGUCCAGAGAAGUCAACUAUGACGCAGAGGAGAAGUAUUUCGAAGAAGAUUAGGUAGUAAUAGGCCUACUGUUUUGGUGCCUUGGAUGCAGCGCCUCGUCUUAUGUGAUGGUUAUGUUUGGAAACUUGUAGAGUUAGCAUGUGUUUUGUAUAUAAUGAACAGAUUGUUAUGUUCAGAACUCGAGAAACCAAAUAUAAAAAAUCCAGUUUUUGU